GGACAGUUUUAUUAUAUUCAACAUAUUUGUUUGAGGAGGCGCUAAUGUAAUUGAGGCAGUUUAUAUAAGAUAAAAUCUACAUGCAUGAUUUAUGUGUUUAGUUUUGAGUUGGAUAGUUACUUAGAGAGAUUCAUGAAAUGAACUGGCAUCUGGCAUCUGCAUGAGAUUUAUUUUGCAGUUGUCACUUGUUCUUAAGAUUUGACCUAUGAUUAAACUUUCUGUAAAAGGAAGUGGAGUUACAUUGUUCACAUUUUUCAAGUACUUAUUAUAUAUUGCUUAUUUAAUAUUAUCUUAUAGAAGGAGCUUUCUAUGAAACCUUGAUACUUUUCUGCAAAGUUAAUUUCUAAUUUACUUACCAAGACAGGUUGUAUUUUUGCUUAUACAUGAUGAAUUGCUUGGCCAUGGUUUGCAUGACUUUGAUUGACCAGUUGAUAUUAACACCAGAAUUUUGUAUGUUCCAUGCCUUUUAUUGCUUUGUCAUAACAAAUAUUGUGCUUCAUCAAUGCAGGCGAUGCCUAAAUGGUAAGCUAACCAAAGCAAAAAUUUGUUCCAUUCUUUCCAAUUGCUUAAAAGAAGUUAGCUCACGGCAGAUCCAUAUAAACAUGAUGACUCCAAACUUGAAUCUGGAACCAGAAGAUGAUUUUAAAGUCCUCAUCCAAGUAGGUUCUGAUAAGUCGAUACGAGAGACAUCACAUGAUCUUACCAAGGCCGAUCCUGACCCAGGUCCUGUUUCCCUGGACUUGUCCCUCAACUUCAAUCCCGGUGAUGAAGAGUUGAAAGUUACAAGUGACACUAACUGUGAAGUAGGACCUGAAACUCAUGCCUCAGCAUCAGCAAUUCCUAGAGUUUUCUCUUGUAAUUAUUGCUGGCGGAAAUUCUUUAGCUCACAGGCAUUAGGUGGACACCAGAAUGCUCACAAAAGGGAGAGGACAAUGGCGAAGCACGCAAUGCGAAUGGGGAUGUUCGCUGAAAGGUACACAAGCCUAGCAUCUCUGCCUCUUCAUGGUUCCUCUUUUCAGUCGCUCGGACUUGAAGCUCAUGCUGCAAUGCACCAAGGACAUGUGCAUCAUCAUUCAAUGAGGGCUCCUGAUAUAAGAGCUGCAGCAAAAUUCGGUAAAGACUAUUUUCGGAUGCCGAUCUUCUUGGAAGAUGAUGAUGUCGGUCUAUUUUGGCCUGGAAGUUUCAGACAGACUGAUGAAAGGGGUGGUGUUAAUUUGGGGCAUGGUGAGCAUGCUCAUAAUUCAAAUACUUGUUUUGUAGUAGCAACUGCACCUCCAGCACAAACAUCUGCAUCUCCUGAUCUCACUCUGAGGCUUUAAGAUUUUUCAUCUUGAUUGAAUUCAAAUACUAGUUUUGUACUUUUGUGGCAUGCACAAACAUAUCUGUACAAGCCUCCUCAUGUUCUCACUGUAAAGCUUUAAAGCUUUUUCAUCUUUAGUUUCAUUCUCUUCAGACUUUAAAUUAUUGAUUUAUGGUGAUUGUACUGUACAGUGAGACUUGUAUUU